AUGCCGGUAAUGAAGAGCCAACUUCCAAAAAUUCCCAUGGUCUUCGCCAUUGUCAUGGCCGUCAUCGCCAUUGGCAACGGCGCACCCACACCUAUCAAGGCUUUGGCUGUCCGUGACGGCCCCGAACUUGACAUCAUGCGCGCGGCGGUUCACGCAGAGCUCUUCCCAACAAUCAUCGAGACACAUAUAAUUUUGGCUAACGUGGUUCAUCAGGACCCCGGACAUAUCAGGACCCCGGACACUUUUCCUGCACAAUACUACUUCCAAUUUCAAUUGCAACGCCAGCGUUGUUCAAUUUACCUCAAUGCAAUCGGAUAUAUGUACAUCAGACAUUUCUGCAUCCUCCUGACAGUUUGGUGGAGGACCUCGAAUUUGCCCCGGCCAACAGUCGGCACUGACCAAACCUGCGUACGUGGUCGUGAGGCUGUUGCAACGGUUCGACCGGAUAGAAAGCUGGGAUUCAGAGCAGAAUGCGAAGCACAAUGCGACGGCCACAAUGUGCUCUGA